CUUCUUCCCAAUCCACAACAACCUUCGCCCGCCCCUUUUACCACCUGUCCCUCCAGAUUGCAUCUUGCGGAGCCGGUCUUCGCCUUGGACUUGUAUUGCAUGGCCAUAUUCGCGGCAUGAGCCACAGCACCCUCCCCGACAGCAACAACGCGCUUGUCCAGAAUGCGCCGCCUCCCACCGUCCUCAAGAGCACCUCUCCUAUGCCUCUAGAUCGUCCGCUCGCCUCCCAGUUGCCUUCAACCUCUCAGAUCCCCCCAAAAGACGCACCAGUCUCCGCAGACGACGAAGCUUUGGAUGCCGAGAAUGACUCCGAGGCUGAAACCUUGAUCGUGUCUCCCGUCAAGAAACGCGAAAUGCUCAAACAGUCUGCUUCCGUCCAGGCGUUAGACAGCAUCGACGAGAUCCCCGAGAAGCUUGUUCUACAACCAGAAGAGACUCAGACCCAGACUGCUGGCGAGGCUUCAAUCGACAAGGUCCAGACUAACGGUGACAAGCCACGCAACCAAGAGGAGCAGCCGCUCGAGAAAGGCGACAAACCAGACGAACAACCUGCCUUCGGUAACGGAGACAACCAAAACAGUGACAGCGACAACUUGAGUGACGUGUCGUCGGUGCAUUCGUUUGAUGGCGACAACGGGAAUGAGAAUGACGUGAACAACAACGGAAAUGACGACGAGGACGACGAGGACGAGGAUGGAAGAUCGUGGGCAUCUGACAAGGACAAUGAGGACCGAAGACCAAAUCCUCGUAAACGCAAACACGCCGAUGAAGAGCAACCACGUCGAAAGCGAAGGUCUAGCCAAGACCACUCGUCUUCACCUCAAUUGCGCAGACAUCGACGGACCGCUUCUGCGCAAUCAGCACGACCCAGCCAGAGCCGGAGCAACAGCGGACAACAUCUUCACACAGGAGGAGUCGCACGCCAACGACGCGCCGCUACACAUUUCCCCGUUCGCGACAACAUACUUGCAAAAAACGUCUGGGACUCGGACACGUCGUCAGAAACAUCACACCAAUACCCCAAGAGCAGACUCACUCGAAACACCAGCAGGGCAGUUUCAACACCGGGCCGACCAAUGGGUUUAGCUAAGCGCCACGUCAACAAGUACGGCUUUACUCGCCUGGCCGAGGCUUGCGAGAACGGCGACCUUGACGGAGUGAAAGAGUGGCGCCAGAAGGAUCCCGAGCAACUUGAACAGCGGGAAUUCGCAGGAAAUACGCCGCUUCAAGUCGCCUCGCUUAAUGGAUAUCCCGAGAUCGUGAGCUAUCUGCUCGAGCAAGGCUGCAAUCCACAUUGCGCAAACGCGGACAAGGACACGCCUCUCAUCGAUGCCGUCGAGAACGGCCAUCUCGACGUUGUUCAAAUCCUCCUCAAGGCCGGGAUAAAUCCUCUGCAUUGCAACUUGAAAGGCCAACAGGCGCUUGAUGUCAUUACCACAGAAACCGAGAACGCUACGGAAAUCCGUGCCGCCUUGCGCGAGGCCAUCGAGGAGUGGAACAAGAACGGCCGAUCGGAACAGACUUACAACGUCGAGGAACCAGCAUCGAGGCCCGGACCGAAACAAGGCUUACAAUUCCUUGCGCGCACAUAUGAAAACCUCCUCAAGCUUGUCAGCGACAACGACAGAACGGCUGUCCAAGAAUUCCUCGAUGCCCGGGUGCCUGUUGACAAUAAUGUUGUCGCAGCAGCGGCAAAGACUGGCGACCUAUACCUUGUGAACAUGCUUCUCGCUGAGAUGACCCCUAAGAAGGCUCGUCAGAGAGCUGAUAGACCCAUGCUCUCUGUUAUCGGGACUUCCCACUUUGAUAUGGUCAAAGCCCUCACCGAACUCGAUCAAUUCGAUCCCAAAUGGCACUCUAAGAGCAGCGGCCUAAGUUGGUAUCAAAUUGCUGAAUCCAAGCAGGGCCCGCGGUGGAAGGAGGAGAAAGCACUUUUGCAAAAGCUGUACGAAAAUGCCGGCAGUGUUCCAAAAUUGAGCUCCAGCCCGGUUGCUCGACGCGAGCCUACCAAGAAGCGAAGGAGAAGCAUGGAACGCCCGAACGACUCUGAUGUAGAGAUGGAGGAUGCCGACUCACCGGAGAGGGCACGAAGCAGAAGACGUCUUGUCUCUAAGAAGGAUAUGCGUACUACAAGCAGACAGCGAUCGUCUUCUGAGCUCUCCGAUGUUGCACCGCCCAGAAGACAUGGUGAACGACUAUCGGAUCAGACUUCUUCAAAACCUCCAGGCCCGCGAAAGGUUGGACGCCCAAGAAAGCACAGCAACUCUCACCUCUCUGAACCACAACCUAAGCGUCAACGUUCAUCCUCAAUGAUUGAGCCUACGGAAGAAGAUCAUGACGCAUACGAUUCCGAAGAUGACGCUCAACAUGAAGACGACGAUGAUAUCAAGAUGGAGGAACCGGAUCGUGAAGCUGCUCAAGCAGAAGCUACCCGGAAAGCUGAUCUUGACGCAAAGGCAGAGGCGCAAAAGCUUGCCGACAAGCUGCGCAAGGAUGAAGAGACGCGGAAAGAGGAAGAAGCAGCUCGACGCAGAGAAGCCGAGCGAAAAGCCGAAGAGAUCCGUCAGCAGCAUGAACGAAGACUGGCCGAGGAGCGUCGUCUGGAUCGGGAGAAGAAGAUUCAGGCUCUUCCAAGCGCUCUGGGUCACGUUAUCGGCCUGGCAGAUGUCCUUGGAAAAGAGAGACAGACGUACAUCCAGAGACACUUCCUCCCUGUUCAGGUCGUGAAGCGCGUGGAUCUUGGAGAUCUAGAAGAUGAGGGCAAGUCCGAGGAUCUCUGGAUGCUGAGCUACCAGGCUGCUGCGAUACUUACUGGCAAAGACGCAGAUGUUCUUUUGAAUCUUCCGCUCGACGCCAAGGUAAAGCCAUCUCUACUCUCUGGAGCGUCAACAUCCGAGGUGACUCAAGAGCAGCGCCGUUUGAUGCUGGCAUGUCUACAGUCAACAAGUUUGGUGCACGGACUGCCUUCGAAUGAUGACAGCGACACAGAGGAACCCGGCAACUUGUUGACUGAACUUGCCGAGGCCGAGACGAUCCAACAACGCAUCAAGGAGGACCGAGCAAGAUUCUUGGGCAUGAGCUCUCUCAGGUGGAUGCGCUUCAGCGACUUUUACAACAUCGCUACCUCCGCCGAAUGCCCACACUUAGCCGGGCUAGACAUUCAGAUGAGGUUCGACUGCUGUCUUGACUCGGCCCCUUUCUCAACGGACAUCAAGACGGUCAACGGCACGAAUGAGCACGACGACGACGAUAUGGAGGGAGUCACGGGCACGAAUGGCACCGACGAAGUGGGCCUUUCCGUGGCUGGACCCGGAGUUACGACAAUAACGGUUGUACAGGACUGAAUUGAUUGAUAUGCAAAGCACAGCGUCUGAUUUUGUUUUCUCGUUUCACAGCAUGGCAAGCAAAGCAAACAAAUCAUUGACGAACGAGGAGACCGGGGAAGUUGUGUGUAGAGUAGCUUCGACGAGACGGCUGAUGGUGUUGGGAUUCUUUCUUCCUGAUCACCGAAGCCAGUACAUAAAUUACAUUUUUUAAACUCCCUGUAUAUUCGCUCUCGCAUGCUUUGCUGAUACCAGCUGCAUAUGGGCAUGCCUUUGCUGCACACGAUUGCCGGCUAUCAUCUUGUCCGACAGCCUUCGAGAUGGACCCCAG